AUGACUGGAUGUCAUUCGAAUCGUUAUAAUCUAUAUGGUUAUCUUGAUUUAGCAAUUCUUAGUGAAUAUGCUGAAUAUGCGAAUAGUUUAUGUGAAUUUGUUUUAAAUUCUAUUGUACUUGAUUAUGUUGUACGAGUAUCAAUAAAAAAUUAUAAAAAUUUAAUACCAAAAAUACCAUCAACAAAUUCAGCUUGUAUAUCAUUAUAUAAUAUUAAUUUAGAUACUGAUUUUAUAUCGUAUGGAGAAAGAAUGCGUCGAAUUUGUGCGAUGUCAAAAUCAACAAUGUAUGAUAUAAAAACAACUCGAUUAAGACAUCCAACAUGGAUUGUACGGUUUUCUCCAAAUUUUAAACGAAUAUUACGUAUAUUUGCAUGUAAUCUUCGUAAUUUAAUUAAAAAAAUUAGUGAAAUUGAAAAUCAUAUUUCUAAAACAGAUUUAAAUGGAGAAAUAAUUCGUUAUCAUGCGAUAUCAACAGCAUUAACAACAGUUAAAUAUGAUCUAUUAACAUUAUAUGUAACGAUUCGUUCGGGAGGUUUAACAGCAAUGAAAACAUCGUUUUUAUAUCCAAUAUUAAAUGAUACACAACGAUGGUUAACAUAUUCAUAUUAUCAAAUAAAACAAAUUCUUUCAUCUUUUCCUGGUUCAAAUGUAAAUCGUCAUUUAAAUAGAACACUCCAAACAAAAACUUGUAUUCCAUCAAUUUAUCUAAUGAAUAAGAAAUUAAAAAAGACUAUACAACAAUCCGAAAUAAGUUUCAAUGAAAGUCAAAUUGAACAAUUGAGUAUUAAUUAA